UGAUUGCAAAAUAAGUUUAAAAAUAAACACAAAUAAACGCAACAAAAGACACACAAAAACUCAUUCAACGAUCACUUCUUGGGAAGUGUUUUAUCGCAUCAUUUGAUCGCAAACUUUGUGUCGAUUUUUUCACUCAUGAGUGCAUUAAUUGUCCAAAUGUUUGAUUAGCGAAACCAAAGUAUCAAAAGUCAAGUUUGACUCCCAUUUGAUUGAUAACCGAAAAAAGUGAUGAUUUGGUAACUGAUAGGCGAAGACAUUGAAUCCCAUUUGAGUGAACCAUUCAUUACAUCCAAUCAUAUUCUCCAUUCAUUACAUAACAACUCUUGUUAUCGUAUUUUAGCGAUAAAUUGUUGUCACAAAUACACUGAAACCAAAAGUUUUCAAGUCUUUUCUUCGGUGGCGAUUGUCUUAAAGCCCGUAAACUAUGGUUAGACUUAUAUCGAUGUUUCGUGUCGUCUAUCGUCCGUUGCGGAUGUCGUCGACCACCACUCACACGAAUCACACGUGGAAACGAUUGCAAUACAAUCGGAUGAAGAGAUUUGUGGCCAAAUUUCAAUGGUUUCACGUCCCGAUAUCACUGGUCUUCACAUUCAUUGCUUUCCAACAGUUCCGCAGAAUUAAGAGACGCGAAGAACAGAAAAGAUAUGAACAAAAUCCUAACCAAAUCCUCGCUAAACCCAUUUACACGGCAUCUGACCUCGAGAUCUCGAUGUAUAAACUGCUUCCCCUGAGGACAGUGUCCCGGAUCUGGGGUUGGAUUAACUCAAUAGAACUGCCGCUUAUAAUGAGAAGUCCUAUCUUGAGAUCAUAUGUUCGAGCGUUUGGUUGCAAUUUAGACGAAGCAGAUGUCGACGACUUGAGACAAUACAAGAAUUUGGGCGAAUUCUUCAGACGUUCCCUCAAACCAGGCGUCAGACCUAUUGACACAACCAAUGGAAUCGUGAGUCCCGCCGACGGAACCAUUUUAUACUUCGGAAAAGCAAAUGAAGGCACUGUUGAACAGGUGAAGGGAAUCACAUACUCGUUAUCAUCAUUCUUAGGGCCGCANAUUUUAUACUUCGGAAAAGCAAAUGAAGGCACUGUUGAACAGGUGAAGGGAAUCACAUACUCGUUAUCAUCAUUCUUAGGGCCGCAGACCUGGCGCUCAAACGGCGCCCGUAAUGACAAUUAUGAGAAAUCUCUUCUAAUAAACAGCACUGGAAAGCAGUCAUCAGAUCUGUAUCACUGCGUUAUAUACUUAGCGCCGGGAGAUUACCAUCGCUUUCACUCACCCGUUGAGUGGAAAAUCAGUUUCCGGCGACACUUUCCCGGAAAGUUGUUGAGCGUUCGGCCGACGUUCGUCUCCUGGUUUCCCAACCUCUUCAAUGUCAACGAAAGGGUCAGUUAUAUCGGGCAAUGGAAGUACGGCUUCUUCUCGAUGACAGCUGUCGGCGCCACUAAUGUUGGAUCCGUUAAAGUCUAUUUCGAUGAAGCAUUGGCGACGAAUAGGACGAAGUGGAGAAUUGGCCGCGACUUCAAUGAUCUCAAACUGAAGAAAAACAUAAGUCUAGGAAAAGGCGAUCCGUUCGGCGAAUUCAAUUUGGGCUCAACUAUUGUCCUCGUAUUCGAAGCGCCGAAGAAUAUCGAGUUUGACAUUAAAAGCGGACAAAAGAUAAAAUACGGACAACUCAUCAGUCGGUUUGAGAUGGCCGGUGUCGCCGUCUCCAGGAAUCGCUUCAAUAGUGACUUCUUAGGCGUGCACUCAAUGCGCGCAUUGAAUGGAGUUUUAGGCAAAUCGAUGGUUGCGUUGAGAACCGGAAGCGGACUCUUAUUGACGACGCUAUCAUUCAAACCACUGAAAAGUCGAGCCUUUUUGAUAGGAAUGACCGGAGAGUUAAUAACCGGUGAUUUGAUUUCCUUUAGUUUUCGGUUCUCCUUUGGGUUUGGCGUCACUUUUGGUGAACUGACGGCAACCGGGGUUUUGGUCUUCGGAGAGUUGGGCUCAAACAGAAGCCGUUUCGGAACGUUAGGCAUCGGAGUGUCCGGGAAUUUGCGCUUAAGUUGCGGCCGA